GCAUUGUAAACUAGGCUACCGUCACAGUCACACGUGUACCUUUCAAUGUUUGCUCUCGUUCUAGAUGUUCGGCCUCAUUGGUUUUCCUGCUGAGCAGCAAGAAGUGGCUUAGAAGUUCAGUGGCAGCCGCGUAAACAAGGAAGCCCCAAGCCGGUAAAUUAAUCGUAUCAAUUAUUGCUAUAAAAUGUUUGCACAACCAUCGGAAGGGUAUCAGUAUUGAUUCAGUUUAGUUUCUUCAAGCAGUGCCAGAGUGAGUGGUUGUAAUUGCGAAACAUUCUUUCGCGGAAAUAAACUGUGGUUUUGCAGAUUUGGAUGGUGUUUGUUUAUAUAAUUUAGAAAAAUGAAGAAGUUGGUAGUUUUGGCUGGAUUUAUCGUUUUACUGAGUGUAGUGAAAGCUCAACAAGUAAGAAAUGUCACGUUUUCGGAUGUAGCAACUGUACAAGAAACUAGUGAAUCAAACAGUGAAGCUUCCAGUGAUCCGACUAAUUUGCCUAUCACCGAAAAUGCACAACUGGCUGAAAACCUUAGACAGGAGAUCGAAAGGCGCCGUCAAGAGCGCCAACAAAGAAUCGAAGAAAGACGAGAAACUAUUUUGAAAAACUUGGAAAACUUGAGUGAUCGAAAGCGAGAGUUUGAGUUACGUCGUCAAGAGCGGUUGCGUAACACUCAGGAAAUGAUAGAAGAUCGUCGCCAAGAAAUGGAAGCACGCCGUGCCGGACGAAUCCCAGCUCGGGAACAAGAACGAGUGCUUCGUUUACGACAAGAACGUCUUGAAAAUACCGUUCCAAAUGAUGAACAAAACGAAGUGGAUAGUCCAAAGCAGUUGCUUCCAGCUCUUUCUGAUUUGGUUCGUCGUAUAGUUCUUAUACAGGAGCCGAGCGGAAAUGUGAAGCUUGUAGAUGUAGAUACUGAAGAAGGUCGCGAUCUGAUAUGGCGGGUAACGGAACGUGUAGAAAACGAAGAGGAGCAGGCAGAAGCUUUGCGAAAGCUUAAAGUAAAGUUGGGACAGAUUUGAAUUAGGAGAAACAAGUCAGAAUCAUUAGGGUAAUGUAGGAUAGAGGCUGACGUAAGAUAUGAAUAAAUUAUACAAAUUGCAACACCGA